CGAUUUAGUCCCUCCCUGCCACGUUCUAUCCCUCAAAAACAAAACACCUUAAAGAUAAGUGACCAAAUCAGAACAGAGACCUGAAGGAAGAGUGACAACAUGAAUUUCUCAGAGGAGUACUUGGAGGAUUAUUAUGACAUGUUCAUUCAAACUGCUCAAUCAGAGCAGCUAAUUCAGUCCAUACGGGUGGUGUCCAUAGUCAUCUACAGCAUAACCUGUGUCCUCGGUAUCCCAGGAAACUCAUUUGUCAUCUGGAUAGCUGGAGUGAAGAUGAAGAGAACAGUCAACACAGUCUGGUUUGUAAACCUGGCUGUAGCAGACCUCCUCUGCUGUAUCUCCAUACCCUUCUCAUUGGUUGAAAUCAUAUUGAACCAACACUGGCCAUUCGGAGAGGCUAUGUGUAAGGUUAUCCCCUCUGUCAUGUAUCUCAACAUGUUUGCCAGCGUCUUCACCCUGGUUCUCAUCAGCCUGGACCGAUUUGUCCUGAUCAUCCUGCCUGUCUUGGCCCAGAACCACCGGAGCAUCACCCUGGCCUGGUUGCUGUGUGGUCUGGCCUGGGUCCUGGCCUUGCUCCUCAGCCUCCCCACCAUGAUUCAUAAUGGGACCAUUGAUAGUGUCGACAAUGAUGAAAUUAUUAUGUGCACCUCUGUACACCCCCUUGGCGAAAACAACAUUAGGGGCUUCUUUUCUGCCAUCAAAGCCACCCAUGUUCCCAGGCUGGUCCUCGGCUUCCUCGUUCCCCUGACGGUCAUCGCUGUCUGCUACCUGCUCAUCGGCAGGAGGGUGAGCAGCGCUCACUUCAAGUCUCAGAGGACCUUCUGGCUCAUUCUGGCUGUGGUGGCAGCAUUCUUUGUGUGCUGGCUGCCGUAUCACACCAUAGGUAUGGUGAUUGGGUAUGGUAGGUUUGCCUCGGCAGGUGAAGCCUGGAAUUGGUACCCCCUGGCCAUCUCUCUGGCCUAUGUCAACAGCUGCCUCAACCCUGUCCUGUAUGUGUUUAUGGGCCAGGACUUCAAGGAGAGGGUCAGGGUCUCUUUCCGUAAAAUAUUUGAGAAUGUCUUCAGUGAGGAUGCCAUAACACACACAUCUGUGACUCAUGUCUGAGUCCAAUAUGUCUGAUAACUCUCCUGGGUCGUAUUCAUAAAACAGCAUACUUAAGUUAUAGAUAAUGCUAAGAGCGUGCAAAGCUGUUAUCAAAGGGUGGCUACUUUGAAGAAUCUCAAAUAUAAAAUAUAUUUGUUUAACACUUUUUAGGUUACUACAUGAUUCCAUAUGUGUUAUUUCCUAGUUUUGAUGUCUUCACUAUUAUUCUACAUAUAGAAAAUAGUAAAAAAGAAAGAAACAGAAAAACCCUUGAACGAGUAGGUGUGUCCAAACUUUUGACUGGAACGGUAUAUUCUUUAUUAUUGGUGUGUAGAAAAGGAACUGGGAGCCAAUGUCUAGAUUACUGGGAGCCAAUGUCUAGAUUACUGGGAGCCAGUGUCUAGAUUACUCUAAUCAAGGCAUUCCAAGUAAAACAAUACAUUUUUUUAUAGCCAUCCACCACUUACACAUUCCUCUCAUGCUUACUGUAAUAUCUGUCAUUUAAAAAAAGAAACAGUCUGAAGAUCAACUGGCUGGUUGGCAUAGAUGUACUCCACUAAAGCCACAUAGUGGUGCUAUAGAGCAAUGAUAAGCACCACACUAACCCCAUAUGAUAAACUCAUCUCAUGAUGAUAGAGAAGUCACUGUGUAACUGAUUAAAUAUUGAAGUGUUGUGACAACAGCUUGGGUUCAUUUAUAUGUCAGAAAAUCUGAACACUCUCGCUGACAGCUUCAUUUUCUCAAAGUUAUCUCCUGGUAUGUGAUGACUGUCAUAUUGGGUGGAUUGGAGUUUUGUUUGGAUAAGAGGAGUCAACUAUUUUCUGAUCCCCUGCUUGGAAAUGGAAAUGUACAUUUGAACUUAAAGGAGCAAUCAGCAUUUGCUACAUCCAUUUUUGAACAUAGAAAUUAAUGAUAUGUACUCAUUGAUUUUUUAAGAAUACAACAUAUGCCUCAUGAGCUAAAUUCAACUGUUGUACCCCAACAGAACCCCAAAUAAGCUUAUUUUUACUCCAAUGUUUGUAAACAAACACCAAAUAGCCUAAAAACCUAGUCAAAGUAAAAUGUUGAUAUCAAUAAUGUUCAACCCUUGCAUCCAUAGCUCUGUCUAUGACUUUGAGAGUGGUCUAGCCCCACCCGUUUAUAUUUUUACAGAAACAGGGGUGGGGUGUACGCGUUGUAAUUGUUUCAACUGCUGAUUGCCCCAUUAAGUACCCUUCUAGCCUCUAUGACUACAUUUACACAGGCAGACCAAUUGUGAUAUUUUUUCCACUAAUUGAUCUUUUGACCAAUCAAAUCAGCUCUGAAAAAUACAUUUCAAAAUGAAAAAAAAUUUGAUUGGGCAAAAGAUCAAUUAGGGGAAAAAAGAUCAGAAAUGGGCUGCCUGUGUAGACACAGACCUUGUGUUACUUUCCUUCUAAGCAAUGUAGGAGCCAUAAAAAUAGGACAUCUAGAAUGGACAAAGCCCCUCACACCACUGCAAUUUGACAGUGCAAUGGAAUAAUGGAAUAAUUAAUGGAAUGUCUGCUCUAGUAAUUCUAGUUCUAUUCACUUAUUUUAAACGUCAAACAAAUAACGAAAAAGCAAACAUAAUUCUCUUGUCUCUUAUUCUCACAAAUGCAAAAAAAGGACAUGCUGAACAAUAAUUAUAAUUAUUAUUAUUUCUGUAGAGCGCAUUUUCCACGCUCAAUGCGCAUAAAUGCAGUGACAUUCUGUAAAUACAAAGCUCAAUUCACUCUUAGACUACCACUGCUCAACUCAGGAAAAGGAACAAGCAGUUUGAAAUGGAUACCUUUCCCAAGAAACCUCUGAAACCUUAUCAAAUGAGUGGUUUCAUUCUGAUAGGUCUCAGAAUGGAAGUGUGACGAUAAUAACACCCCAUCACUAAAAUACUGAACAUUUACACUUUACAUUUUUGUCAUUUAGCAGACGUUCUUAUCCAGAGCGACUUACAGUUAGUGCAUCAAGUUUUGCUAAAUGUGUAUUGAUGAGUGUAUAUUUCUUUUAAACCUGUUAGUGAUUGCAGUGCGCCAAAUUCAAACUACAGAAAUAUCAAGAUUCAAGAUUCACAAAAAUAUAAGUGUAAUUCAUCAAAAUAAAGCUUCACUUCUUGUUAAUCCAGCCGCAGUGUCAGAUAUCAAAAAUGCUUUACGGCGAAAGCAGACCAUGCAAUUAUCUGAGGACAGCGCCCCGCAUACAAACACAUGCAAAUAAUUUUCAACCAGGCAGGUGGCGACACAAAAGUCAGAAAUAACGAUAUAAUAAAUCCCUUACUUUUGAAGAUCUUCUUCUUUUUGCAAUCCCAAAUGUCUCAGUGACACAAUGAAUGGUCGUUUUGUUCGAUAAAUUCCUUUUUUAUAUCCCCAAAAUGUCAAUUUAUUUGGCGCGUUUGAUUCAGAAAUACACCGGUUCCAACUCACCCAACAUGACUACAAAGUAUCUAAUAAGUUACCUGUAAAGUUGGUCCAAACAUUUCAAUCAACGUUCCUAAUACAACCUAAAACGUAAAUAAACGUAAAUAAUCGAUCAAAUUUAAGACGGGAUAAACUGUUUCCAAUACCGGACAAAAACAACGUGAAGGGCGUUCCAGUUCACACGCACCAAAAUACUAGAGACCUUCAGAGUGACACUUACAAAGAACAGCCAUACCUCUUCAUUUCUCAAAAGAAAAACAUCGAAACAUAGGAACUGCAACCAGGUUCCUAUUAAAUAGGGCCUCUCAUAGAAAACCAUUGGGAAAUACUAUGACCUCAAAUUCUUUCCUCUGGAUGGUUUGUCCUCUGGGUUUUGCCUGCCAAAUCAGUUCUGUUAUACUUACAGACAUUAUUUUAACAGUUUUACAAACUUUUGAGUGCUUUCUCUCCAAAUAUACCAAUUAUAUGCAUACCAUAGCUUCUGGGCCUGAGUAACAUGCAGUUUACUUUGGGCACGCUUUUCAUCCGGACGUGAAAAUACUGCCCCCUAUCCCUAAGAAGUUUUAAGGGCCCUGUUUUCUACCAACAUUUCAUCUAGCCAUAUCAUUUAUAUCUUUUCAACUAUUUCAUGAACAAGUUAAAGGCAUAGUUCGCCCAAAUUACAAAAUUACAUAUUGGUUUCCUUACCCUGUAGGCAGAAUAUGGACAAGGUAAUACAGCACACCAUGCUUUGGUCUUGUUUACCAGUCCACUAUUUCCAAAUUGUAACUUUUUAGUGUUUGUGGCACCAAACAAUUCAAGUCAAUAUCCAAGAUAUUAGCAUUUUCUGUGUGUCAUGUCCAAACAUGCAUCAUGUCCAAAUCAUCUUAAGGUAAUGUAAUUAAUCUUAAAUAAAGGUUAAAUAUAUUUUAUUUAUUUAA